GGGGAGAGACUGUGGAUUGGUAGCAGUUAACCUCUACAGAAAUGGUUUUGUCUCCAAGGUGCCCCAAAUCAUGGGUUUCAGAUCAAGAAAUAGCAGAUACGUGCUUUGGGUGGAAUUUCGUUCCCAGCAUAUUCAUGCCUGUGAAUGUGGUGUACCCAAUCAAUGUCAACUACAGCAGGAACCAGACACUCCGUAGGUUGGUUGACAAUUUCUAUAUCUGUGAAGGGUACAGUGUGCCUCGCUGCCUGAUGUAUGAGAUUUAUGUGGAAACCUGUGGUCAAAAUGCUCAGAACCAAGUCAAUCCAGCCACAUUUGGGAAGCUUGUGCGUUUGGUUUUUCCUGAUCUCGGCACCCGGAGGCUAGGCACGAGAGGAAGUGCCAGGUAUCAUUAUGAUGGAAUCUGUAUCAAGAAAAGCUCUUUCUUCUAUGCCCAGUAUUGUUACCUUCUGGGUGAAAAAAGGUACCACAGUGGAGACAUCAUUGGUUUUGAAAAACCCAAUUAUAACAACAUUAUCCAACAAGAAGAAACAUGUGAAAAUCAUUCUCCGAUAAGGACAGACCCAGUUGGAUCCCCUUUGUCUGAAUUCAGGAGAUGUCCAUUCUGGGAGCAAGAACUGGCAAAGAAGUAUUCCUACAAAAUGAUGGCCUUUCUUGCCGAUGAAUACUGCAACUAUUGCCAAGAUAUUUUACAAAACGUGAGGAACCAAGAACUUGAGAGGGUGGAGGACUUGCUCACUUCCUUCUGGAAAUCUCUGCAGCAAGACACAGUCAUGCUUAUGACAUUGCCCGAUGUGUGCCAGCUCUUUAAAUGCUACGAUGUGCAGCUAUACAAGGGAAUUGAAGAUGUUCUCCUUCAUGACUUUUUGGAAGAUGUUUCUAUUCAGUACCUGAAGUCUGUCCGGUUAUUCAGUAAGAAAUUUAAGCUGUGGCUACUUAAUGCCUUGGAAGGUUUUCCAGCCCUUGUACAGAUCUCUAAACUCAAAGAAGUGACUGUGUUUGUCAAAAGACUAAGAAGGAAGACAUACCUUUCCAACAUGGCAAAGACUAUGAGAAUGGUAUUGAAAAAUAACAGGAGAGUCAACGUUUUGAAGUCAGAUCUACAUGCCAUCAUCAGUCGAGGUGCUUUGGACAUGUCCCAGAAAGCCCUGCCAAGUAAUCCAAGUAGCGCCGUCCUGGAGACACACGCGGAGAUGAAAUGUUUAAGCAGUUUGGUUUCUUUGCUGGGGACAUCCACAGAUCUAAGCAUAUUCCUGAAUUGUCUGUCAUCAAAUCUCCAAACAUUUGUCUUCCAGCCAAGCAGAAGCAAAGAAGAGUUUAUCAAAUUGGCCGCCGGCUUCCAGCUAAGAUGGAAUUUCCUUCUCACGGCCGUGAGCAAAGCCAUGACUCUGUGCCACAGAGAUAGUUUCGGCUCCUGGCAUCUGUUCCAUUUGCUGCUUUUGGAAUUUGUGACUCAUCUACUUCAGUCAUGCAUAGAAGAGGAAGAGGAAGAUGAUGACGUGGGAAAUCUCACGGAAAUGCUAACAGAUGACCAGUCUCUUGUCCAGCCAGACCAGGACCCUUUCCACCCUCCAGAUUCUUCACCAACUCAGGAAUAUGAAAGCCCAAGUGUAGAUCCACACCGAGUGACCCUGAAACACAUGGGCCAGAGCCGAUGUUCCAUGGGUGUGAGCAGUGUGGUUCUCAGGGUCCUGGGCUUCCUGGUGGACGCUGACACGGGCAAUAAGCUCAUCCAGCUAUUACUGGAGGACAAGGCCACAGGAAGCACAGUCCGACUCAGCGUUCCUGUGGGACAAGAAGCCCUGGUAACCCUAAAAGAUGGACAAAAAUUUGUAAUUCACAUAUCAGAUGUACCCCCAAAGCUCUGAAAAUAUUUUUUUUUCUGGGAAAGCAGUGCUAACAUAUAAGAUUAUUUAUUUGAAUAGGACGUAAGAAAACAUAGAUUUUCCCUUUUAAAAAUAUAUUAAAUGCUAAAGUUUUUGUAUUGAUAAGAAGAUUUUAUGUACAUAAUAGAGGUAGCGUUGUCUAUGGUGCGUUUAUAUGUAUUUCAAGAAGUUCGUUUUGAUGAAUCAUAUAAACCGAUUUGGAGAAAAACUUUUGCCUCUAUCACUUUUCUU